ACGGUUCGUGCGCGUGUUCCAUAUUUUGUGACCAGUAAAUAUAAAUCAUCUGACGAUAAAAUGAUUCCACUCAUCGGGCUGGUAGCGGCGAUUUGUAUGGCAGCAGUUUGCGUUGGGCAGAUGUAUUGCUACAAUAGAAUGAGGAAAAAUCAUAGUGAAUGGAGUGGGAGCAAAGUUUUAGACGAAAACGAACAAAUGGAGAACGAUUUACCAAUUGUGCGCAUUAAGAUAUUACAAGCCAGUCCAAAUCAGUUCGCGAACGACACCUGCAAUUCCGAUGACAAACGACCCGACUUUCGACACAGAACAUCGACAAAGAUUUGGUCAUCGCCGUUGAGAAAGCAGUUAGAAAGGAGCAGGAAUUUAUCCGGUGGUACGUGUCACAGUACUAACAGAGUGGUGCAAGCUCAAAUCGAAACCAAUCCUAUAGCCUGUGUGUCAAAUAACAAUCAGGUUUCUGAAUUACUGCGGCGUAGAUCAUUCCGACUCGAUCACGUUGAUUCGCCCAGGCAGGAUACAAACCUGAGGAAUGCGAACGAUAAACCGCCAAGGAAACUGUCGUCUGUUGUCUAUAAGAAAUGGAAGAAGCUGAAGAAGAUGAUAAUUCCAUCGAGAUCUAGAAACUCAGUGCCAUUCGACGACGUCGUGAUCGAUGAUACCCAAAGAUUAAAUCUUCCAGGCACCGCUUCUGAUCAACCAUCUAGUCCGGCGAAGCAGUCGACGAUGCUCCAGACAAAUCAAUCUGUAGACGUAUCGACUUCGACUAGAAUGAGCGUGAACGCUUUACCAAUGAGAAAUCAGACCGACGAAAUUGUUACGAAUCAGUGUAAUGUGGAUGAGAAUAUCGAAACUCUAUCGAAACAAGGGACGAACGAUCGCCAGUGUUCGAACGCAGAAGCGAUGCAGGAAGCAGUAUCGCUGAUAAAGCGUCAAACCUUCGAUGGAAAGUCGGUUUGCGACGUCAGGAUCACUGGUCUUAGCAUGAAUCAAUCCCAACUGUUGGACCUGUUGGAAUCGACGGGGAGUCAAACGCGAUCGGCGUCCAUCGUCACAACCGAAGAGGCCUCGAUUAUUUCCAUCAAGUUUUAUCAUCGAAGAGACAGUGGUGAGACGAUACAGACAAAAGACAAUUCCUCUUUCGAAGGUCCGUUCUGGAAAUUCUACAAAAAUUUGCCAGAGAGACUCGAGGAUAUGUCAUUUUCCAGUUUUUUUCGAUCGCAAGAACAACCGAGAAAACUGAAUCCUCCGUCGAUUUACGUCUCUGAUCAUUCGAGGACACCGAAUGGCUCGAGAAACAAUACCUCGUACAUAAGAUUCCCAGAAGCGAGACACGAAAUCGCUUUCGAGAAGUGUUAGAUUUUUCGAAGACCCUUCGAACAACGCCGAAUUCAAGACCCGUAUUAAAUAAAAAAUAAAAAAGUAAAUUUCCUUCCAAAUCUGGGAAUCGUAAUAAGAAUCGUUACCAGGAUUCUUAAUUCCGAUCGCAGAACUAGAAAUUAUUGUUACUGAUAUAACGU